AUGGGGGGCCGAUGCGGCCUAGGUGGAGCCAACAAGGCCCCAAGAUUAUUUGCCCCAUAUUUUUGCAGUGGGCUUCAUUUACAGCCCACUCUGGUCAGCUACUGUGCUGGAAUUAGCUCGUGCGAAAAGGGCAGGCAGUGGCAGCGGGCGCUGGCGCUGUUGCGCGAAAUGGUUCGAUCGAAUCUGACUCCAGACGAGGCUGGUUGGACUGCUGGAGUCAGUGCUUGCAAGAACGCAGGGCAGUGGCAAUUGGCAUUGUCGCUGGUGAGGGAGAUGUGCGAAACGAGCUUUAUGCCGACAGUCGAGAUAUACACUGCCGGGGUCACUGCGUGUGGAUGGGCGGGUAAGUGGCGAUAUGCGUUUUUGUUGUCAAGUGAUCUGUGCGAAGCGCAGGUAGAGCUUGACACAUCUUGCUACAAUAGCCUAAUAUCUGCGUGCGUGCAUGGCCUGCAGUGGCAGAGGGCAUUAUCUUUGUUGAGGGAUUUGGGCGACGGGAAUCUGGAUUCAGAUUGUGUCAGCUACAUUGCUGGAAUGAAGGCAUGCCAAGUAUGUGGGCAGUGGCAGUGGGCAAUGUUCUUGCUAAGGGGGGUAUCGGAAGCCAGGUUGGAGCAGAGCACCCUCAGCUAUAAUGUCGGGAUCGGCGCGUGCGCGAAGGGCGGGCAGUGGCAAGUGGCGCUUUCACUGCUCGGCGAAAUGCGUGGCGCGAGGAUUGCGACAGACAGCGUGACCCGCAGCUCAGUUAUCAGCGCUUGCUGUCCAGGCGAGCAGCUCCAGCACGCUCUGUCACUACUGAUCGACGCGACUUAG